UUUGUUUGUUCUUCCUCUGUCGUCUUGAACAGGGGCCCUAAUGCAGAAAAGUAUGAUCCGUUAUUAUUUCGCAAAUAAUUUGUUGACAAAAAUUCCGUCGGACUGUGCAGUGUGACGUCAUAGGUCGGUAGUGGAAGAGAGGUAGGAGAGGAAAAUGGCGAGUUGUUGCUGUGGGAUGUCCAGUGAUCCGUUGUAGUAACUGCGUGUACAGAGACAUAGACAAAGUGUGUGUUAAAUGUAGUUGUCGAAGAUAGUGAUUUGAAGUGCUGAAGACGACACCAUGACAGCAAAUAUGUAUAGAGUUGGAGAUUAUGUAUAUUUCGAGACAUCAUCUACUUCGCCAUAUCAAAUUAGGAGGAUAGAGGAAUUAAACAAGACGCCGAACGGAAACGUAGAAGCUAAAGUGAUGUGCUUCUUCAGGAGACGAGAUCUGCCAAAUACUCUAAUCAUGCUGGCUGACAAACACCAAUGUGCCUUAGAAGAGGAAUGUGACAGCCGUGACAAGGAUCACCAGCUGUUGAAUGGAAAACAGCGUCAUCAGCUAAAGCAUAGAGAAUUGUUCCUGUCACGUCAGGUUGAAACGCUACCAGCCACACACAUUAGGGGGAAAUGUUCUGUUACCUUACUAAAUGAGACUGAGUCUUUGCUCAGCUAUCUCAAUAAAGACGAUACUUUCUUCUAUUGUCUGGUAUUUGAUCCAACACACAAAACACUUCUUGCAGACAAGGGGGAGAUAAGAGUCGGUAGCAGAUACCAAGCAGAACCAACACCUCUGCUUAGAGAAGAUGAAGAGGAUACAAGGAAUCUAGAAGAAUUAGAAACAUUGGUGUGGACACCAAAUCACCAUCUGAAUGAUAGGCAAAUUGACCAAUUUCUUGUAAUAUCGAGAUCAGUUGGAACCUUUGCACGGGCACUCGACUGUUCAAGUUCUGUGAAGCAGCCUAGUCUUCACAUGAGUGCAGCCGCAGCGUCAAGAGAUAUCACAUUGUUCCAUGCAAUGGAUACACUACACAAACAUUCAUACAAUUUAGCAGAAGCUAUUAGUUCACUGAUUCCAUCUACCGGUCCUGUACUAUGUCGUGAUGAAAUGGAAGAGUGGUCUGCAUCUGAGGCAAAUCUCUUCGAAGAGGCUCUUGAAAAAUAUGGAAAAGACUUCAACGAUAUUCGGCAAGAUUUUCUUCCGUGGAAGACUUUGAAAAAUAUAAUAGAGUAUUAUUAUAUGUGGAAAACCACAGAUCGUUACGUGCAGCAGAAGCGGGUGAAAGCUGUCGAAGCAGAAUCUAAACUGAAACAGGUUUACAUUCCAAACUACAACAAACCCAAUCCAGCUGUAAUUAACAACAAUAAGAAUGUUGUUAAUGGUAGCAGUAAUGGUGAAGCUGCUGUUGGUGGGAAAGCCUGUGAAUCCUGCAGUGGUACUGUCUCAAGUCAGUGGUAUGCCUGGGGACCAUCGCACAUGCAGUGUAAGCUGUGUCACAACUGUUGGCUGUAUUGGAAGAAGUAUGGUGGACUCAAAGUACCAUCAAGAAUUGGAGAAAAUGACCCUGACAGUAAAAAGAAGUCUGGAAACAUGUCUGAUGAUGAGAGGGCACCAUCAAACUUGACUUCUCAUCGACCACACAGGUGUAGUUUAGUGAAUUGUGGAAAAGAGUUCAAACUUAAGGCACACUUGGCAAGGCACUAUGCCACAGCUCACGGUUUGGCAAUACGUUCUGGUUCACCGAGGCCCAUCAUGAAAACCCGCACAGCAUUUUACCUGUGCACGACUCCAUUGACGAGACUGUCUCGGCGCCUUUGCAGGCACAUUAUACAACCUCGCCAUGCAGCCAGAGCGCCUUUCUGGCCUAUCAAUGUUGCUCACGUCAAGCAGGAAUGCCAGCUACAUAUGGGAGGGAAGACAAUGCUGGAACUGAAAGAGUUAAUGAGAUAUCGGAAAAAAGAGAGAGGUAGUGUAACAUACAUUGCAAACAGGUUGGGACAGUCAAAUCUUGUCACUCCUGACUGGCUAAUCCUCACAGCCAAAGAUAUGCUGCCAAAACCUGAUCAUGUUUCUUUUCCAAAACCUCCAAAAGCACCAGAUGGCACUCUGCUGUAUGAACGUGUCCCAAAUAAACCAGAAGCUGAAAAAGCUGCCCUCAAUAACGUAUCUGCACCUCUUUUGAAGCGGCGAGCUUAUGAAGAAGUGAAUGGUAUGGAUGAUCUGGAAUGGGAUGAAGGUAUUGUUGUACCACAACCGGGCCCACCUGCGAAACGACCCAAUAAAGAAAUAGCACCUUCGCGAGGACCAGAAAACUUCCCACCUGUGGUGGGGCGAUCUGUCAUCAAUCACCUGAAUGGAAAACCCAAAAUGGCAACAAUGAUCCGUUCUGGUAGUGGUCGAAAGCAAGUAACAUCUUGGACAGAUGCACCAGAUGAUGUGUACUUUAGAUCCACAGAGGGUACCAAGUGAGUGAACUCUUCGGUACAUUAGAAGACAUGCACAUCAAAAAACCCUUAGGAAAAUGAGAAGACAGUUGACGGGUACGGAACUGAGGCGGGCAGCCAGGAAACCGUGGAGAAAACUCAACUUCAAGGGGACAGAUGAAAUGGUGGUUAUUCUUGACUGACAAAAUGAUCCACAGACUCUCUGUUGUUAAAAUAAUUUAUACUUUUGAGAUGGGAGCCGCUCUGCGAUUCAAGAUGGAUCUCGUGUUUGCUGCUGUAAUGCAGAUUUGUGUGCAUGAUUAGUUCAUUCAUGUGUACAUGCAUGAAUUUUGUGCUGUGAACUUCUGAAGACAUUUAAGUGAAGUGAAGUCCUGAAGAUAGUAACUUUCGUUGUACCAAAAUGUUCAGUUAUUAUUUACAAAAACUGCUGCACAAAUACUUGUCCACUGCCUACCUAGCAAGUGGUAGAACUGUAUGUGCUGAAACAGAUGGUGAUUUCUUGUACACAUUUUUCAGUGUGAAAUUGUCAAAACCAGGUGCUAUUAUCGGACACCGUGUAAUUGGAAUAUGUGUAGCACAAAAGUGGUGUUUGUGUUUCCAUGCAGCCUUUCUCUGUUACAAACAGGCUGUCCAGAAGAGUGUUCUUUGUAAAGUGAAGGGUAUCAACGAUUUACCAUUCCUCUUACUACUCAUUACAAUAAGUUGCCACCUGAAUGUGAUAAUUUUUUUAUGUAAGUAACAUUUGAUGGUGGAAAAUUGUUAAAUUUUGCUCAUGAUUCACAUUUAUAACUUGAAGCACAAAUAAAAUUUAUACGUAAUUACUCUUCCGCGAUUAUUACAUCCAGAGUGAAUUUUACUGGUGCUUAUUGGUAUGAAAAACUGACAAGUUUAUUGUGUCUUGUUAACUGCCGCUGUAUUACCUGUGUAUCUGGAAGCAGGUCAUUAAUCACUUCAAGAACAGUUUUGUUAUGCUGUUUGAGUGAUUGUGGAUUUUUUGAAUGUGUGUGCCAAGAAAUUCUUUUUGGGAAAAAAAAAAAGUGACUCGAGUUGUACGUACUGCUCA